UACAUCUCAUUACUUGGCCCCGGGUUGCCGGUAUGGUACGUCAUGCCGCGUGCCGGUUGCUGAUCGUCAUGAUUGUGUACAAAAUUGUGCAUUAGGCUAUUUUGAUCGUGAUCAUGAUGUCUAUGACUUUGAUUUGAAUGCCCACGUCACCAAGUUCCAGAACUGCUGUAAGUCUAACUCCUGCAGACUUCUCGCUAACUUGCCAAGAUCUCGCAUAUGGCUGGUUCCCACCAUCGACGCCGGCAUCCAUCAUAUUACGCAAAGCGUCGCAGACGUCGACGUCAUCACCCUUACCAUCCGAGGAACCAACUUUCUGAGCAGCAGCAACAACAACAAGAACGAGAAGAGACAGAACAGCAGAAUUCUUCCGGAUGCAGCAUGGAUGAAAGUGAAACUGACAUCUACAUCCCUGUGCCUGUGCCUCUCUUGGAUAUUGGCAUCACGUCUUGGCUGCCUCUUCUAGAACUGGGGGGAGCUUGGAGGUGGUGUAGUGACAAAGUCACUCAGAGCCUUGAUUGGGUGAAAGAUGCAGUCUUCCCCUCCAGAGUCUACCAGAGGGAACUUCAAGAAACCAAAGAUCAGCUCCGGCUGCUGCAUCAGCAGAUAGAACAACUCAAGGAGCAGACGCUUAAGAUAAAAUGCAGCAAGCCAGCUCCAGUCUACAAAUGCAACUGUCAAAACUCAAUGCAAGUCAAUCUGAGCAAAUCUCAUGUACUGCAACCUAGUGGACACAACCCAAAGCCCACUGCCAAUAGAAGGGUGCUGCCUGGGGAGAGCAUCCCCCCACCAGUGCCAGCCGUAGCCCCGCCCCCACCACCCCCACCACCUCCUCCUCCAAUCACCCUGCCAACGAAGGCGCCGGUCUUCAAGAAGAAGGGAGCAGCAAAGUCCUCCAGUCAAGCUAGCACCGGCGAUCAGCGACCCCUUGUUACACUGUCAGACAUCAUGAAUGUGAAGCUGAAGAAGGUGUCUGACCAGCAAUCUAAGCAACCAACCUCAGAUGCAUCAAACCAGCGUGCUGUUGUAACACUGAUGGACAUCAUGAAUAUCGAGCUGAGGAAGACUUUCAAGGACAAAAAGACUGGAGCCAGUGGUCAGCAUGAGGUUGGAAACGGUGACCUCAAGGCUGGCAAGUUGAGGAACAGACGAUCCCUGCAUCAAAACAAUGAUGAGAAUGUAAAUGGUAUGGUGCUAAGGAGUAGGAUUUCUGAGGAGGCACUGCAGUAUCGAGGCUGCCUGCGGAAAGUGAGCAUGGUCCGUAGUCCAGGUGGGACACCGCUGCGAAACAAACCGAGCGAGAGUCAGGGCACUGGACUAACGCCGCUCAUGACCAAGGCUCUACGUAGGAAAUUCAAGACAAUUCGGACACCAUCCCCAUCAACGCAACUCGAGUCCAUCAGCCCAUCAUUUAACACGUCAAAUUAGUCACACCUGUAGUCUUCAGAGAGUGCCAAAUGAAGUUCAGCCAUGCACCUGUUCAUGUGUUAACAAUACAUGAACCUUGAUUGAUUCCACCUGACCUUCCAGUUAGUUUUGCUGACAACAAAUGCAGAAUGGUUUCAGAGUGACAGUGACCUCAAAUAUUAUGCUAGGGGUAAAAGCAGGUGUCCAAAUUGAGUAUUUUUUGGAAAUGACUCAGAUUUUGGCCAUUAGCAAGUAGCAGUGAAUGACUUCAGCCACCAAUGAUGUUGCCCAUUUUGGACAAGACCAUUAGACUGUAAAAAUAUUCCUAACUUUAACCCUAACCCUCCUCAAUCCUUCACCUGUUGGAGGACUGAGGAGUGUUAGGGUUAACAUUGUCAGCUUCUGAUCUUCCAUAUGCCAAGGGGGACAUGCUUCGUCAAGAGUAGUGUCUAAUUCUUUGAAUGAAGUUCAGAAUACAUUUUUGGUUACAGUAUACCUGUUGUCAUAGUUCUUGACUUCACAUUUAGGCAGCAGCGUAGCCAGAAUUCUGAGCGGAGGGGGGGGCUUCACGUAUAAGUGGGGGGGGUGACUGAAUGUUGGAUUUAUACAUGUACAUAAUCUCGAUCGCAUCAAGUGCAGGGGCGAGGGGGAUGACAUUUUUUUCAUGGGGGCAUGCACCCCCCCUUAGCCACACCGCUGCAUUUAGGUAUUACGUUGUACAACUCAACUCACACAAAUAUGACCGCAGUGUUCCCCCCUGUGGCUGUUAUCAUGAGCUACUGGCUUCAAUAGUGGUCCUGCAAGGCUGUCCUGAAUAGUGGUGCAUUUUUUAGCUCAUUUGCGACCCAACCCCCCCAAACGAGUCACAAGUGACCAGAGUCAUUAU